CGGUGAAGCAUCAGUGUUUCUGCAGCAAGUUGGAGCUACUCAUGACCACUGAAGGCAGACGAGGCCCUGAAAGAACUCCAUGGAUCAAAGUUCUGCUUUCGUAGAAGCAGCGUUGGAUCAGGUCGUGUCUCCUUCCGGUUGUCCAACAGAAGAUGGAGGAACCAUCUCACUGCAGCUGCUGGAGUUUAAAACUCAUCUCCUAGAGGUUGUGGAGGAGCUGCACAUCCGAAGGAACGCAGAAGAACGCUUUGAGGAUCAGAUCAGUAAACUAGUGCUGGAGAAGCAGGAGCUGGAGUGGGAAAAGGAAUCUCUUCAAAAUCAAAUUGAAACGGCGGCAAACCAGAACGCCGAGUCACUGAGUAACGUUAAGAAGCAGUUUCAGGCCAAAUUACGAACCACCGAGGAGGAGAAGGGUAAAUACCAGGUCAUCGCCGAGCUAAAGGACAAGGAGAUUAACAGCCUGAAGGAGGAGCUGAAGGCGCUACAGCUGCUGAAGUACAACUUGGAGAAGAAAUCCAACGAGCUGGAGCAGAAACUUUCCCUACAAAGUCGGUUUAAGGACAGCCACCUGAAGCAGCUGGGGGAGGUGGAGAAGAGAUUCAACACUCUGUCCAGACAGUGUGUCCUGGUGAAGCAGGCCCAUGAGAAACUGGAACAGAACGUCGAUGAAGCCACGAGAAUAAAUAAGAAACUGACUUCUGCCAAUGAAAAACAAGAAGCAACCAUUGCGUCACUGAAGAAGCAGUUAGACGGAAUCAGUACCAAGCUCAUAAAGGCCAAAAUGAUGUCAAUCAGACAGAAUAAAACCCACAAUCCUGCAGGCAGAGAGCAGCAAAUACAGCAGCUGCACCUGAAACUCAACAUGGAAACUGAGAUGAACCAGAAACUCAGGGAGGAAAAUGCGGCUGAAAGAGCAGAAAAGCAGGAGGUGAUAAAGUCUCUGCAGCAAACCCAGCAGCUGUUAUGGAGUCAAACACAAACAGUGAAAAUGGUAGAACUGGAGCUUCAGACCCAAACAGAGAAGUACCAGGCCCUUAAGCAGGACCACGAGGAGAUGCUGGAGAAAAGCAAAGCGACGAAGGAAGAAGUGGUUCGACUGAUGGAGAACGAAGCCGAAUCUAAAACCAGCUGGAACAAAGAGAAGUCGAGGUUUUUGGAUCUCAUCCAGAGUGAACAGAAGGAAGUUCAGGCCCUAAAAGAAGCUUACGACAACCUCCAUGAGAAACACUCUGCUCUGUCCUCACAGACCAAAUCACAGGCUCAGCAUAUAACUCAACUGGAGAUGAGACUUUCCACUCAAAGCCUCGGUGUUUCUUCCCAGCUGUUCCCGGCUGUAAUGGAGGAAAUCAGAGGAGGUGAAACCCUGAAUGAACCCAUCUCCAGCUCUAAACAGAACAUCAUCGACUCCGAGGCCAAAAACCCAGACAGUCUGGAUGACAGAGGAGCUGAGAUGAAGCUGGACGGAGCAGAUGGUCGUCAGCCAGAUGAAUACAAACACCCAGCAGAUAAAGAGAGUAUAUUAGCUGGUCCAUUCUGA